AUGAGAACAUUAACAUGUUGUGGAACACCAAUAGUUCAUUGCGAUCUCAAGCCAAGCAAUGUUCUUUUGGACGACGGAUUGACCGGACAUGUAUCUGACUUCGGACUAGCAAGAUUUCUCCCUAAAGAAACUAGUAACGUUUCUGCAAAUCAAAUAAGUUCCAUUGGCAUAAGAGGAUCAGUUGGUUAUGUAGCUCCAGAGUAUGGCAUGGGAAGUAAGGUGACAACAUAUGGGGAUGUCUACAGCUUUGGCAUUCUCUUGCUAGAGAUGUUUACAGGCAAGAGACCCACUGACCACAUGUUUAGUGAAGGCUUGAACCUUCAUAAUUUUGUCAAGGUGGCUUCUCCUGAGGGAGUUACAGAAAUUGCAGAUCCACUACUUCUUCAAGGAGAUCACACCGGAAGGAGAACCAAUGACACUCAAAAAAAGCUGAAGUGCUUGUGUUCGAUCUUUCAAAUUGGAAUUGCUUGUUCUGUUGAAUCCCCAAGAGACCGAAAGGGUAUUAGUCAUGUUGCCUCUGAAUCGCAAUCCCUUAGGGACAUUCUUCUUAGGUAG